AUGUCGUGCUCACUCGCGUCAACGAAUGAUGUUUCGAAUUUUUCCGAGUCUCAAGAAUUUUUUAGUGUACAUUGUACAGAAGCUGGCGUGGAAGAAGGUGAGACAAAGUCAAAGCCGCUUCCGACAGCAGUAAAGAACAAAUCGCCGAUCAAGCAUAACUCUGUCGAAGGUCUCAUGGUUGUGCAUCAAAAGAAAAAGCAAAGACAGCGUUUUCUCAUGUCUAAAUCAACGCACUUUGUUGUGGCAAAUACUGUUAAACAUGCGCUGGAGAUUUAUAAUAACGAGUCCCGCACGGAGCUAGUGUAUUUGUUGUCACUAGCAAACGCGGUGUUAAGCUUUGAAUCGGAUAAUGCUAAUAUUGUGAUGGAAAAAUGUUUCUGUGUGGAAGUCCGAACGUGGAAGAAGAAAAACAUCAUUCGGCUGCAGCCUCAGGGUUUUAUUUUUUUCGAGGACGACCAAGCUCGUAUGCUGCUCUGGGUCAAAUGUAUACAUGGGGCUAUUAAAGGUGCUACAUCUUUAGAUAGUGAACUUUUUCGAAGUCCCUCUACAGCGUCUUUAAAUGAUUCGAAUUUUGUUAGUAACGAAGAAUUGCGAGCAGACCUCUCUCUUGGUGCAUCAAAUAGUUCGUUUUGUAGCUCUCGCAGCAGUCCAACAGCUUCUUCAACAUUUGCUGCAGCUCGAGAGAAACUUACACAACGCCUUGUAACUGAUCCAGCCAGUCGAAUCGCUACCGUCGGUCGUACAAUGCUGACACCAAAACGCUCAGCUAGUCUAACUGGGGAACGCCCUUCAAAUCGCUGGGGAACUAACUUCUUUUCACAUGAAAAGCAUCAUCAAACACGAAGCCCGAUGAGCAGUUCGGCUAUAAAUUCAUCGGCUCAACCAAGUGAAGUACCCUUGAAGCAGAACUUUCCGGGCAAAAAAUUGAUGAAAGUUGUCACAGAGAAUUCGCUCUUUGAAUCAACAUUUGGCCAAAAUGUAAAUCUGGAAUCAGUUUGUUCGAAAGAUGUUUCUGAAAUAAGCAGCCAUGAUUAUACAGCCACAAGUGCUCCAACUUUAAAAAAUUAUGCAUCUGCUAGCGUAAAUCCUCUGGAUACAAAUUUUGCCUCUACAAAGUCAGACGACGAUCACCCAGUAAGUCAAAAAGUGUUUGUCACCGAGCCGAUCGACGAUUUGAAACCUGUAAAGAUUCGCUGGCUCACAAGUAUGCUCAUUAUUGCUACGAUUGCGGGCUGCUCGGAUACUUCUGUCUUUCUACCAUUUGCUUUGUCCGGUUCCCUUGCCCACUUUGGCAAUCAGCAUCAACAUUACGCAGUAUGGACAUUCUUCUCGCUUGCUGUUUACGUGGCUAGUACCUAUCAUAUGCUCUUUGGAAUCGGUACCGCUAGUGUUUUCCUUUACAUAUGGGGUUACGCGAGUUACAAGUCUGACCGACGAACUCAAUUGCAACGAAAUGCGGCUUUUCGUUUCCAUAAAUCAAAAACAAGUGCUGAUACAACUCAUGCUGGGAUUCUGAACUGGAUGAGAUACCCAGAUGUCGAUAGAGUGGAGUGGCUGAAUAAGGUUUUUGCCACUGGCUGGCCAUAUCUGAAAAAAGCGAUUGAAGACUCAGUUCUUGGAAGUGUCAACCCAUUGUUGGACGCACAAAAGCCUGCGUUCAUGAGUUCGUUAUCGCUUAUUCGCUUAGAUUUGGGAAAUAAGACACCGCAUGUUGCUAGUGUCAAGUAUAUUUCCGCCGAUACUCUGACGGAUGAAGUGACGCUGGACGUAGAGGUCCGCGUACUCACGGAAAAAAAAUCUUUUGUGGCGGAUUUCAGAAUGGUGUCGAAUCUUGGAGCAGCGGCGUGUUUAUCCUUGCGGGAGCUUCUUCUUGUUGGUACUCUGCGUAUCACCCUCAAUCCGCUGGCAGAGUUCUGGCCGUGCUUCAGAGGGCUCAAUCUAUGCUUCACCGAACGACCAGUCUUCGAUUUUUCGCUAACUGCAGCCAAAAUCAACAUUGCUAAUGUCCCUUUUGUCUCGGAAUGGCUUCACACAUUUCUAUAUGAUCUACUCCUAGAAUUCUUUGUUUGGCCCAAUGUGCUCAAUAUUCCACUUUGGGAUGAACAUGGCAACACUGUACAAUAG